AUGUCUCUUACUUCGUACCUCCCCCAGCCCCCUGCCGGAGGCGGCAUCCUGCCUUACUGGCUCCUGAUUACCAGCAUCGCGUCGAUCUACAAUGUCGCGCAGAACUAUGUCACGCUGAAGCAGAGCAAGGAGAUCUACUCGGGCAAGGAGGAGCAGAUGACCCCCUUGGCUGGCCGUCUCUUCGGCGCCUGGACCGCGAUGGCUGCCGCGAUCCGCCUGCUCGCCGCGUACGACAUUUCCAACAAGGGUCUUUACGACCUCGGCAUUGUCGCCUUCGGCGUCGCGACCUUCCACUUUGUCUCCGAGUGGCUCGUCUUCGGCACCGUCAAGCCUAACCGUGCCUCGAUUGGACCUCUCGUCAUUGGAUGUGAGUUUUGA